AUGGGGAUGCUCAGCCUGCCGGGCUUCCUCUCCUGCGGGAAGAAGAAGGACUUCAGUUUGUCAAAUGAAAAAGACGCCCACACCAGUGGCAGCGAUGAGAACUUGGAGCGUGGCAACUGGUCAAACAAAGGCGACUACUUGCUCUCUAUGGUGGGCUACGCUGUGGGCCUGGGCAACGUCUGGAGGUUUCCCUACCUCACCUACCAGAAUGGCGGAGGUGCUUUUCUAAUCCCGUACACCCUGAUGUUGGCAUUAGCUGGCUUGCCCUUAUUUUUCAUGGAAUGUUCUCUUGGCCAGUUUGCCAGUUUAGGGCCAAUUUCUGUCUGGAGAAUAUUACCAUUGUUUCAAGGAGUGGGCAUCACGAUGGUCAUCAUCUCAACAUUUGUGGCGAUCUACUACAACGUUAUCAUUGCUUAUGCACUCUACUACUUAUUUGCCUCAUUUCAAAAAGUGCUACCGUGGUCAGAGUGCUUUUCCUGGGCGGAUGAGUUCUGCAGUAAAACACGAUUAGUAAGUGACUGCAAUGCAACCUUAGAUGGAGAAAUCAUUCAUGCAAACUACUCGUUCAUCACAAGCAACAAUCUCACGUGUCUGAAUGGCACCAUGAACUACAAACCAGUGCAAUUUCCCAGUGAGCAAUACUGGAAUAAAGUGGCUCUUCAGCGCUCGAGUGGGUUGGACGAGACCGGUAACAUCGUGUGGUACCUGGCUCUCUGCCUCCUCCUGUCCUGGAUGAUUGUUGCAGCUGCACUGUUUAAAGGAAUAAAAUCUUCUGGAAAGGUCGUCUACUUUACAGCACUCUUCCCGUACGUCAUCCUGCUGAUCUUGCUGGUGCGAGGUGCCACCCUGGAAGGUGCUCUGGAUGGCAUCGAAUACUACAUUGGGAGACAGUCCAACAUCACCAAGCUGAUGGAGGCAGAGGUUUGGAAAGAUGCAGCCACACAGAUAUUCUACUCCCUGUCUGUGGCGUGGGGCGGGCUUGUUGCUUUGUCUUCGUACAAUAAGUUCAACAACAACUGCUACUCGGAUGCUAUUUUAGUUUGUGUAACCAACUGUGCCACCAGCGUAUUUGCUGGGUUUGCGAUAUUCUCUAUCUUGGGACAUAUGGCAUUCGUGUCCGAGAGACCCGUCUCGGAGGUCGUGGACUCAGGAUUUGAUCUGGCAUUUGUAGCCUACCCAGAGGCUCUCUCCAAGUUACCAGUUUCUCCUCUGUGGUCCUUCUUGUUUUUUUUCAUGCUCCUGCUCUUGGGCCUUGACUCUCAGUUUGCCACCAUAGAAACACUUACAACCACCAUACAAGACAUAUAUCCUGAAGUGAUGAAAAAGUUAAGAAUCCCUGUAACCCUGGGUGUGUGCAUAUUGCUCUUCUUUCUUGGUCUUAUCUGUGUUACUCAGGCAGGAAUUUAUUGGGUUAACCUAAUAGAUCACUUUUGUGCUGGAUGGGGAAUCCUUAUCGCAGCUGUUUUGGAGAUAAUAGGCAUCAUCUACAUUUACGGAGGAAACAGGUUCAUUGAAGACAUUGAAAUGAUGAUUGGAAAGAAGAGCCGUUUAUUCUGGCUGUGGUGGAGAGUGUGCUGGUUUUUCAUUACUCCUGUGCUGUUAAUGGCAAUUUUGGUCUGGUCUUUAGUCACGUUUUCACCUCCCACUUACGGCUCAGUGUUAUAUCCAACCUGGGGAACCGCUGUUGGCUGGUGCAUGAUUAUUUUCUGCGUCAUCUGGAUUCCUAUCAUCGCUAUUCUAAAAAUAGUUAAAGCUGAAGGAAACCUCUGUCAGCGCAUUGUAAGCUGCUGCAGGCCUGCUGCAAACUGGGGUCCCUACCUGGAAUGUCACCGAGGAGAAAGAUACAGCCAUGUUGUAGAUCCCAAAAAGGAAAAGGAACACGAGAUUCCUACUGUGUCUGGUUUUGUAUACACUCAACAAUGA